CUGUGGGGGAGCCAAUCAGCUCGCGCCGUCGUGUGGUCGCUUGACGACCUCCCUCGUGCGAUGCGUAAAAAGCACGGCUGUGUCGGCUGCAUGUUCGACCAGCGUCGUCAUAUCUGACCCAACGAUCGUCGCCUUUUGAAAUGAGUAGUCCUUGCCGCUUCAGAUGGCGUCUUUUUUCCCCUUGUGUUUGAGCUGGUGUGCUCUCCAGGAAGAGUCAACAUCACAUAUCGACACGCAGAACAAACUGCCAAACCGACAAAAUGUCACGAGCGAGUGAGGAAAAGGUCAAGGAUGAUGAAGCCGAAGUCGACUUCAACUCCGACCCGGAGCGCGGCAUGUCUCAGGAGCAGCAGGUGGAUAAGAAGCACUCUACCCUCAUCCCGCAACCCAGUGACGAUCCAAGAGAUCCGCUGAACUGGUCCAUGCUGAAGAAAAUCAGCAUCUUCACCAUCUUGAUCUUCAGCACCUUCACGGGCAUCGCAACCGCUGUUGCCAACGUGCUAGCCACGCCGGAGCAAGCCAAGACAUGGCAUACAACAUCCACGCGCGCCGCAUACUCUGUCUCGGCCGUGCUCGGCGGCAUAGUCAUCGGAUCGAUCCUGCCUGUCCCUCUCGUGCGCGUCUUCGGAGUCAUGUCCUGCUGCUUCUGGAGCAUGGUCUUCCUCGCCAUCACCUCCAUCUGGUCCGCCGUCAGUACGGAGGCUACAUCCUAUGGCUCUUUCGUCGCCUCCAGCUGGCCGGUCCCACCUUCUCCGGCUACAUCGUCGAGUUCGUUAGCUGGCCGCAUGGGAUGUUCGGCCAAUCGUCCGCUGGCACACAAGGAGCUGCCAGACUCUUGGCUGGGACGGAGGCGUGCGCUCUUCCUGCCCGGCACGCGCGUAACUCCGGCAAAUUCCGUGAAGAGUAUUCCCAAAUCUCUCAAAGCUGUCGUGGCCAUUGGGUUCAGCCCAGUCACCGUGCUCUGUGGAAUAUUCUCCACCUUUGCGUACGGUUGGUAUAUCAUGGCCGGUGUGCAACUGCCCCUCAUCCUCCAACUCCCCGUCUCCCAAGGCGGCUACAAGUUUGCUCCACUGGAAGUCGCCAAUUUCUACUUUGCGGCGUGGAUUGGCGCAAUUCUGGGCGUCAAAAGGAACGGUGGCGUCUGGCAUGGCGAGUACCGUCUGUACCCCUCUUGGAUCCCAGGCCUGAUCGUCGGCCCCAUUGGCUACGGUGUCUUUGGCGCUGCGGUUCAAUCCCAUUGGCACUGGAUUGUCGUUGCAGUCGGCGAAUGUAUGCUGGUCUUCUCUGCCGUGGCUUCCCUGCCACCGACAGUCAACUACAUUAUUGAAAUCUGGAAGCACUCAUCAGAUCCCCAAGAGGUUGGAGCCGCGUUGAAUGUUUGGCGUAUCGGCUUGGCCGUCGCGGUGCAAUUCUUCUACGAGCCCUGGACCAAGAAGAUCGGGAUCAACUGGGUAUGGGGAACGGCGAGCUUCCUGGCGCUCUUUGGAUUCGCCUGCAUCGUUCUUUGCAUGUGGAAAGGGCCGUGGUUGAGGAAGUUUGAUCUGCUUGACGACGAGGAGGAUCCCAACGCUACUGGCAAAGAUCAACAGACAGAAAGCGGGGAUCCGAAGUGAGAGCAGCGCAGUUUGCUGCGCAGCCUGCAAGUUGGAUCGUACCGUAUGCUGCAUAUUCCUAAGCUACUUGGCGCCGCCGACGUCCAACAUGGCUCGGCACCACGAACUCGUGCGUUUGUCGAGGACCGACUAGUUCCCCUGGCCAACCUGGUCGUUCAAAGCGUAUAAAGCUGUAAAGGUAGAACGGUGGACGAUCUCCUGCGCGCAUCCAAUAAACCCUAUAGGCGAGUGUGGGGGAGAUGCUAGCCUUGCGAUCCUACACCUACCUGCCUUUAUGCAGUUGCCUAGUCGU